AUGCUCGUCGUCAUUAUUCACCCUGAGCAAUGGAACGGCGGAUCGGAUCGGUGCACGGUGGCUAUGAUACGCUACUUCGUCAAUGCUGGACACCGCGUCGUAUGGCUAACCACGAUGAUUGACGAAUAUUGGCGGAACCAUCAGUGGGAAGGAGUUGAAGUUCGCGACAUCGGUCUAAAGCUUCAUCCCGGAGACUGGUUCUCACAAAAUGUCGCUCUCGGCUGGUAUCUGUCUUUUUCCGACCUGAACCCGGACCUCGUCGUCAUCGACCACAGUGCCAGUUGCGUCCCUUUACUCAAGUGGCGUUUCCCGAGCGUGAAAAUGCUGUUCUACUGUCACUUCCCGCAACAGCUGGUCACCCCUUCCAGGCUUUUCCUGUAUCGCUGGUAUUCCCGUAUGAUCGGCGUCGCCGAGGAGUACCUCUUCGAGAAGACCGACAUCAUCAUGGUCAACAGCCAUUUUACCGCAAACCAAUUCCGACGCGUCAUGCCGACGAUCCCGGACCACAAGAUUCAGGUCGUCUACCCACCCUGCGACGUCGACGCUAUUGUCAGCCAGGCGGCCACAGCCAUCAGCCGAAAGAACCGAGCCCCAAACGACCGCUACAUCUUCAUGUCGAUGAACAGAUUCUGGCCCGAGAAACGGCUGGAUAUUAUCGUCGAGGCGGCAGGUAUUCUGAAGCGCCGCGGCUACAAAUUCCUUGUCCAACUCGCCGGCUCGGUGAUGCCGCACAUCCCGGAGAGCAAGAUCUACUACGACGAUUUGCGGAAGAUGACCAGCGAACUGAACGUGGAAGACGUCGUCGAGUUCGUCCCAUCCCCGUCCGAGCUACGCAAGUUCGAGCUGUACAGAACCUGCGACUCUGCUCUCUACACGCCUCCCAACGAGCACUUUGGCAUCGUGCCAAUAGAGGCUCUGGAGCAGAGACGGCCAGUGAUCGUCUGCGACAGCGGCGGCCCUGCCGAGACGGUCAUCGAGGAUGUUACUGGCAACAAGAUUGCGAGCCCGAACCCGGAACUUCUCGCCGACGCGAUGGAGAAGCACAUGAAGCGCGUCGAGUGGCCAGCCCUCGACACGGACGAUGGCUAUCGAAUUCAGCGCGCCCGCUUCGACCGCGAAUUCUCCUACCAGGGCUUCUGCGACCAUAUCGAGUCGGCGCUGAAGGAGAUGUUCCCCGGAAAGAUCGAGCUUCAUCUUCCCCCUCUUCUUCCCAUCAACUACGCUACUUUCCCGUUUACGGGUAGCCCAGCGGCGAGUCAGCCGAUCAACCGCCAGGCCAACCCCUCGACGAUCCUCCACUUUCCAACCCUUCCGCCAACUUUAAAUUGUGCCCCACCUACCGUAGCCCAUCCACCCCCAAUCUACCCGUUUCGA